CCUUCAACGAUGGUGAGAGAAGCAUUGGAAUUGAAUGGAUAUAUGCUGCCGAUUCGGAUUGCUUAAUUCUGCACUCCAUCUUCCCCCUCUAUCGAUUCUCAGCAGGCCUCCUUAUCUAUUUCCAUCCUUCCCAACUUGCCCUCCUAAACUCGCUAAAUUUUCGCAUCUGCCACUCCUCCGCCGGAACCCCAUUAUUUAUACCAGAACCACACUCCUGUGUACCUCUUCCCAAUCUUCUUCUUCAACGGCAAUGGAAGCGCCUCCCCAAGGUUAUAGAAGGAACGUCGGCAUCUGCCUCAUCAAUGAUUCGAAAAAGAUUUUUGCUGCUUCGAGGUUGGAUAUUCCCAGUGCGUGGCAAAUGCCGCAGGGCGGUAUUGAUGAGGCUGAAGAUCCAAGAAGUGCAGCCGUCAGGGAAUUGAGAGAGGAGACAGGAGUUAAAUCAGCAGAAAUUCUUGCACAGGCACCUUAUUGGUUAACUUAUGAUUUCCCACCAGAAGUUAGGGAAAAACUCCGGCAUCAGUGGGGAUCAGAUUGGAAGGGCCAAGCACAGAAAUGGUUUCUUCUUAAGUUCACCGGGAAGGAUGACGAAAUCAAUCUUUUAGGUGAUGGAAGUGAAAAACCUGAGUUUGGGGAGUGGUCAUGGAUGUCACCUGAACAAGUAGUUGAUCACGCUGUGGACUUUAAGAAGCCUGUUUACAAGGAAGUUCUUGCAUCUUUUGCACCCUAUCUUCAAUAGCCUUUGGUGAGUGCCGUCAACAAGGCUUAUUCCCAUUCUUCUUCAACUACAGGAACCCAUAUAUCAUAUCAUUUUUACUUGCUAGGAUGAAUGUUUCAAUGGCUGUAGGCAGAAAAGUGACUAGCUCUCCUGAUAGAAUGAUUUGAGUAAUGAUUUUCUCAAGUGUCUAUCGUUGAUCAUCCAUAUUAGUGAGUUUCCGUUCGGCAUCCCAUGUAAUAAGUUAUAUUUUGAAAUUUUAAUUUUAAUUUUA